GCAGCUACCCUAUUCAUUGAUGGCUGCAUCUGCCCACUUCAAAAGCCUGUCGUCUUCCCAGUCGCACACCCAGUCCCCCCACCCGCCUCCCAGAUCCAAGCGCCUCAAGAACACCACCAACCUCUCCGCCAGCGCCACCAUUCCCGACGUUGUUUCCUCCAAUAGCGCCUGGUGCUGCCCCGCCUCCAAGUCCUUUACCCCGACACCUUCCGCUUCAUCUUCGCCUUCGCACAAUCUCCGCCGGAGCUCUACUCCCACUCCGUCGCUGCCGCACCCUCCAAACAACCCGGAUAUUUCACCCUCUUUGGAGGAGGCUGGAGCUUCCCCUCCAAUGGACGCAUCUCCCGGGGCGGGAUACUCCGUCUAUCCUUCCUGCUACAGCAAGUUCAACUCCGCGCUUAAUGCCGGCCUCCUCAACCCCAUGUCACCUCCCCCUGUCGACAAGACGCGAUCCAGUCCUACCCUCUUUGACAUGAUGGCCAGCGAGCAGGAAUACCAUCCCAGGACUGGUGCUAUGUCUUCUGCCGGUCAGAUCCUUCCCCACGGGAGGACACCUGCCGUCUCUGCCCAGGACCGCCAGAUCCUACUCCAGGAGCGCGUUGCAGAGAUUCUUGGCAGCUGCAGUCCUGGAAACCAGUUCAAUGAUCAGGACACCGGUGACGUUCGCCUCACCCUCAGCUCCAAGGAUGGCCUCUCCGUGUCUCUCAGCGUCCACCGUCACAUACUUGUUUCGCAUAGCCGAUUUUUUGCCUCGAAGCUUUCAGAUCGCUGGUCUAAGCAGCAGCGCUCCCUACCUCACCUCGUUGAGAUCUCGGAUUGCGACGAUAUUGAAGUCUAUAUCGAAACUCUUCGACUUAUGUAUUGCAAGGACCUCAGGCACCGUCUUAUGAGAGAGGACGUUUCUAAAGCCCUUGGCAUUCUAAAGAUUUCGGCGGCGAUCGCAUUUGAUGCCGGGGUUUUGUCUUGUCUGGAGUACCUAGAGGCUGCCCCAUGGACGGAAGACGAGGAGGAGAAGGUAGCUUCUGUUCUUUCCCAGCUCCAUCUCGAGAGCUCUGGAGCAGGGGAGGUUCUCAAAAGGGUCUCCCUCGAAGUAGUCCCAUCGUCAGUGGAGGAAGCGAAUGGGAAUGUUGCCAGCGGAAACGGCGAAGAGAUACUGCUGCGCCUCCUCCAGGUUGUUCUGGAAGGGAAGGACGAGAAGGCUAGACGGGAGAUGAAGGGCCUCGUCUCCAAGAUGCUGCGCGAGAACAACAGCGGGCGGGGUGGCACCGGGGACAUUAGCAAGGAAUCCCUCUUCUCCGCCUGCGAAGGCUGUCUCCGCCUCCUUCGCUUGUAUUUCCUCCGUGUCGCCUCUUCUGACCUCUCCGACGCUGCCCAGAUUGCGAGGCAGGCCGAUAACCUCCAUUGGAUACUGGACAUCCUGAUCGACCGACAGAUCGCAGAUGAUUUCCUGCGAACAUGGGCAGCCGAGACAGAGCUUGCGGAGGCUCACCAGCAGGUGCCGGCCAUCCACCGCUACGAGGUGAGCCGGAUCACUUCAAGGCUGUUUGUGGGCAUUGGCAAAGGCCAAAUUUUGGUAUCGAAGGAGGCAAGGUGCCUGCUGCUGAGAACGUGGCUGGAACCCUUCUACGAGGACUUUGGGUGGAUGCGGCGUGCCUGCAAAGGACUGGACCGCCACCUCAUUGAGGAUGGGCUUAGCAACACUAUACUGACGCUGCCAUUGGCGAUGCAGCAGGAGAUUCUUCUGGCUUGGUUUGACCGCUUCCUCAACUCUGGUGACGAUUGCCCCAACAUCCAAAGAGGCUUCGAGGUGUGGUGGCGGCGGGCUUUCUGGCGUCGGAAUGGUGAAACCAGCAGGCCACCCCAGCUUAGUAUAACAGCUGCUUGCGAGAAUUCUUCCUGAUUUCACUGGUAUAGUUGUUGAUGUUGUUUCAGCUUUCAGGUUUUUUUUCUUCCAUUACUUCUUUUUCAAUCAUGUACAAUUUUCUCUUUUUGUUCUUUUUUCGCGGAAUGCUACAAAGGGUUUUGUCCUAUUCUUCCUCUCUAGGUGUGUAGUUGUGUAGGGGGGUAACUGUGAGUGGAAAUGGAGGAGGAAAUGUGAGUUUUCUAGUAUAGUAGGAUGGAGACUGUUUUGUGUGGAGGGAUAUAUCUCUUAUAACAGUAAUGGAGUCAUCUAAUGCUUCUGAAUGGAAUGCCAAGUUUCUUUAUUUUAAUGCUUA